AUGUCUCCAGAUGACAUCAAAAUCCCUCCUGAACCUCCAGGCCGAUGUUCAAAUCACCUGCAGGAGAAAAUUCACAAACUGUAUGAAAGAAAGCUGAAAGAAGGGACAGAUAUGAAUCAGAUUAUACAGAAGAAGAAAGAGUUCCGAAACCCCAGUAUUUAUGAAAAGCUCAUUCAAUUCUGUUCUAUUGAUGAACUUGGAACCAAUUAUCCUAAGGAUAUGUUUGAUCCACAUGGAUGGGCAGAAGAUUCCUAUUAUGAGGCUCUUGCAAAAGCGCAAAAGAUUGAAAUGGAUAAGCUUGAGAAAGCAAAAAAGGAGCGAACAAAGAUUGAGUUUGUAACUGGUACAAAGAAGGGAACAACUACCCACAUCAACAGGAACAACCAGUACCACAACUACUGCCACAGCAGAUGCACAGAAAAGGAAAAGCAAAUGGGACUCCGCUAUACCGAUGACUACUAUUGCCCAGCCAACAAUCCUCACCACAACUGCCACACUGCCUUCUGUUGUCACAGUAACUACCAGUGCAAGUGGAUCAAGAACUACGGUCAUUUCUGCUGUGGGGACUAUUGUGAAGAAGGCUAA